UUGGAAGCGCGAGCUACACACAUCAACAUGUCUCGGUCGUUCUUGGUCGACGCUCUGAUCAGUGAUACGAAAGAUUGCAAGAAAAAUGAACUAUCUAGUGAACCUAUACACCCGUACGCGUUGAUCGGUCAUCAUUUAGAUCCGCGUUCCAAGUACUUACCCUACCCUUACCCGGGGAACUUGAACCACCUGCUGAACAUUGGCCUUCAUCAGCAACGGUCGCCUGAUUUGUUCAGGCCAUUCCUGGAGCAACUCAACUUUCGCUACCCAUUGAUGCAUCAGCUGCCUCGCCCAGAUUUCUAUGAAGCACAGCCUGAACAUAAGCCAUUCGAAGGAUAUUUGAAAACUGAAGAACAGGAGCCUGUUAACUUUGUGAACAGGAGGAAGAAGUCCGUCUCCCCGUACUUACACCAUCCAUACAAGGUUGCCACGUCUCCAUCAAAGAGUCAAGGACAACGGUCACCGUCGCUGUCAAGUGAAAGUAGGAAUGGAACACCUAGCCCGCCGCUGGGUCACCCAGAGGAACUAUUACCUGGCUACUCAAAGGACUUGAAACGCGUACCUCUAAAAGAGGACUCUAGCAAGAGGAUCAGAACAGCCUUCACGGGAACUCAGCUGCUGGAAUUAGAACGAGAAUUCUCCAUGAACAUGUAUCUAUCAAGAUUGAGGAGAAUCGAGAUCGCUUCUCGUCUGAAGCUGUCUGAGAAGCAGGUGAAGAUUUGGUUCCAGAACCGCCGCGUUAAGUUGAAGAAGGAAGAGUCUCCGAUGAGCUCUGACCCUCGCUCCAAGAAGUGCUGCUGUGCGAAGAGUUCAUGCACGUCAAAGGACCAGGAGUCGUGUGAUCAGGAACAAAUUGAUGUAGGAAGUGAUCAGGACAAUAGUUACGAAGCUCAGAAUCUUUCCCAAUAUUCUUGAGCAGUGAAAUAAUACUGUGAACACAAUGGACGUUGUACUUAAUAUUUAUCAAAGGUUUAGGAUAUAAUCCAAGGCAAUUUUACGCCUUAUGUAUCAAGAUUUUAUGGUUGUUAAUAGAUUGACUGACAAUAUAAUAGUUUUAAGAAAAGUUGUGUGCGUGUGAUCAUCAGAUUCUGAAGUGCCAAUGUA